GCCACGGUUCGCAUUUCGAGCAAUAGUCGCAAACCAGCCAAGUCUGAGUGCGACGAAACACUUGAAAAGCUUCGUGUGUGUUGUAUGUGUGUCAAAGUUAAAAAGUCGUUGUAUAAAACGAAACGUUUGCCGAUUGAUUUCGAUCAUUUGAUAACGAGAUCUUAAACAUUGCGCAUCCGGAAGAACACAGUACAAAACUUGUCUUUGAAAUUAAAUAAAAGAACAGCAUACAAAAUUAAAUCAAGUUUUGAAGUGAAAAGAAAAGUUGAUUUUCAAUUUUGCGAUUUUUCCAUUGCUGAGCGUUUUGUGGAUUUAAAUAUCCGCGAAUGAAAUACCGUCGGUCGAAUCGCGAAAUUAUUCAAAUACAAUUUCGUACAUUUCUUCACUCUGCCAGCGACAGAGUAUAAAUGUAAAAAUAAUUUGUUAAUUUCUGAUAGUUCCAAAUUUUUGUGCGUGGUUGUGGUAUAUUUAAAACAAAUAAAAAAGUGAUUUAGUUAAUAAUUUCAUGUGUUAGAUCUUUUCUAAAACGUCGCCGAUAUGUUGAAAUUUACAUCCGAUAAAAGUUUACUUUGUUUAUUGAUCUUGACAUCAACAAUAUGCUGUGUUUUAUCAAACGAACAUAAUUCAUCCGUUACUUAUACAGUAGUGAAAGAAAACAAUGCACAAUGCGCGAAUGGUCACGAAACCCUCAAGAACGGUUUCUCAUGGGCAGAUUACCUUGUCCUGGGCGCCAUGCUUGGCAUAUCAUGCGGUAUCGGCGUGUUUUACGGCUUCUUCGGUGAUAAGCAAACAACGAGCGACGAUUUUCUCCUAGGCGGUAGCUCCAUGGGUACAGUGCCAAUGUCAAUGUCACUUGCAGCAAGUUUCAUCACGGCUAUAGAACUUUUGGGCAACCCAGCGGAAAUGUACCAGCAUGGUUCGCAAUACUGGAUGAUCUGUCUGGCAUUCGUCCUCGUUGUCCCUUUGACCUCCAAAUUAUACCUACCAGUAUACAUGAAACUUAGGUUGACUUCAACUUAUGAAUACCUUCAGAUGCGUUUCAAUGCGCAUACUAGAUACGUGGCUAGUGGGUUGUAUAUACUUCAAAUGGUACUCUAUACUAGUGUGGCUGUGUAUGCUCCUGCAUUAGCCUUAAGUCAUGUUACGGGAUUGAAUGUCUACCUUGCUGUUACCGUUGUUUACAUUGUGUGCAUAUUCUACGCGUCUCAGGGCGGAAUGAAAGCUGUGAUCAUGACAGACACCUUCCAAGCGGCGGUGUUGAUUGGUUCCAUUAUGUUGAUCGUUUACUAUGGGGAGAAAUUUGUAGGGGGGGCUGGUGUUAUUUGGUCCAGUAAUUACAGGACAGAAAGAUUGGAGAUUUUUGAUAUGAAUCCGAAUCCUACAAUUCGUCAUAGUUUCUGGUCGGUUGUUCUGGGUGGGACCUUUUAUUGGAUGACCAUGUUCUGUUCUAACCAGGCAUCCAUUCAGAAGUAUUUGUCGGUUGAGAAGAUCUCCCAGGUCCGCAGGGCAUUAUGGUUCUCUUGUUUUGGUCUAAUUUUAAUCUACACAAUCAACUUCUAUACCGGCAUGAUAAUGGUUGCCCAUUACCGCCAUUGUGACCCAAUUCAUGCUGGUAACAUCAAAAGUGCUGAUGAACUUCUUCCGUUGUAUGUCAUUGAAGAAAUGGGGCACAUGCGAGGAGUUACAGGUUUCUUUGUUGCGGGAAUAUUUGCAGCUAGUUUGGGUACUGUUGCCUCCGCACUGAACAGUCUCGCUGCUGUUACCAUGCAAGACUUCAUCGGAGGUGCGUGUGGAUAUAAAUUAGCAGGAGACAAAGGAGCACUUUGGGCCAAAUGGAUUUCCAUUAUCUAUGGUGCAAUCAGUUUUGGUCUUGUUUUUGUUGUUGAACAACUUGGAAGUGUAAUGCAAGCCGCGAUUAGUUUCAACGGUAUGGUUGGAGGUGUCACCUUUGGGUUGUUUUCAUUGGGGAUGUUUUUCCCAUGGGCUAAUACUAAGGGAGCUAUUGCCGGAACAGUCACCUCAAUGGUCCUCAUCGUUUGGAUGGGAAUUGGUCAACAAAUAGCAAUUGCCAGUGGUAACUUUCAUGAUACACCCAAGGAAACUAGUAUUGACCAAUGCCCUUGCUUAAAUUCUACCUCCCUCACCCCAGAUGCUAUUGUCUAUGAAGAUUCUCAUCACCCACCUGAAGUAUUUUUCCUAUACAGAGUUUCCUUCCUCUGGUAUUCCGCUAUUGGCUUCCUCGUAACCAUAAUUAUCGGUAUGAUAGUUUCAUAUCUCACGGGAUUCGAAGACCCACAUGAUGUCGACACAGAUUUAAUUUCACCAGUAGUACAUGAGUUCUUAUGUGGGUUGCCUAAAUCUUUAAAAGAAAAACUCAACAUUCCCCUGAAGCAAAACUCUUCGGGAACUACAAAAAGUUAUGCAAAUGGCGACAGAGACAUGUCAAUGAAAGGAGUUGUUAAUGUCACUUUAGAUAUAAGCGACGAGGCUGAGAAACCUAAACAAAAUAGCAAUAAUGGUACUGUACCGCAUGUAAUUUGAGCACCAACUAUGAUUUGUUAUUUAUUAUUUAUUUGUGCCUCUGCAUUAGUAUUAUUAAAAUAGUAAUUACAUGUAAAGAAGCAAAAUGUAUAGAUUUUAUAGUUGCAACAAUAUAAUCUCAAUUAUGCUUGA